GGAGAGUCGGUCCCGGCGUGCGGUCGGUCCCGGUGGCCUCGCCCGAUCCCGCUAGUCCGGUCCGGUCCGGCCCCGUCCGGCCUCCUGCUCAACCCCGACCGCUAAGAUGUCGGCUCCUGCCGCUCCUGGUUCUUCGUCUGCUCCGUCAGCUCCUCCGUCUUAUGAAGAGACAUUGGCAUUCAACAGUUGUUACCCACCCCCUGUUCCUGGAACGGUCCCUGGAGUGUGGUCAGGGGCAGAUGCAAAGGGAGCAAACCCUCCCGCAUACUAUCCCCAGCCGAUGCCAGCACCUAAUCCAAAUGCGAUCACUGUUCAGACCGUCUAUGUGCAGCAGCCAGUCUCAUAUUUUGAUCGUCCUGUCCAGAUGUGCUGCCCUUCUUGUAACAAGAUGAUAGUGACACACCUCUCCUACAAUGCAGGGGCCCUAACAUGGCUGUCUUGUGGUAGCCUCUGCCUGUUGGGGUGUGCAGCUGGCUGCUGUUUUAUUCCAUUUUGUGUGGAUGCCCUUCAGGACGUGGAUCACUACUGUCCCAAUUGCAAAGCUCUCCUUGGUACCUAUAAGCGUUUGUAGGACCAGGAUGAAAAUGUGGUAAAGAUCUGUGUAAAAGAGGGGGCUUUGCCACCCUUUCAACUCCAAUUUGAACCUCACCAAGUCCACCACAUGGCAGCGUUUUGCUUUUGCAGUUGAAAUUUUCUAGGGUACUUUAUUGAAUCCUUUAAAGGGGUGAGGGGAAGGGGUCAAAAGUAUAAACCUUCGAAUCCCAGCAAGUGCUGCUUGAAGGAUCUCAAAGGAGUUGCAGAGACUUUUCCCUCUAAAAUGCUGGUUCCAUGGUAUACUGCCCAGGAGUCACCCUAAAUUGUCCUCCCAUAUGGCUGCUUAUCAGUUUAUGCAUAAAUGAAUGGGUGAUUUGUGGUUGGCAGGCUCCUUUGCCUCCUCAAUUAGCACCCUUGUUUGCAGCCUUAACAGAGAAGUCAAGGGCUGCCUUGUUUCUGAGAUCGAACCAGACUGAAUCAACUGUUGUGUUCGGGAUGAGCCUUUCAUAGUGGAUCUGCUAAAGAUGAAUCUUGCUCUGUGGAUCUUAGUGAGCUUUGGUCUCUGAUGCUGUCAAUCUGGCACUUUUUAUGAGCACAAACAUUCACUUUAUCUUUAAAAUUGGUGUGGGUUUUUUUAUGUGUGUAUGUAUUUUUUUUUUUUUAAAGGGAGGGAAGGCAAAGACCAAAUGACCUUUUACAUAGGGCACUUUGCCACCUGGCCACCUGACUCACGUGCAUUCAGGAAAGCAUGUCAGAAGUGGGAUUUAAUCUUGAUUCCUCUUUUCUAGGUGUGGGUGAAUGGGCAGACCUGUAACAUCAUGGACAUAAACGUGUUUAUGUACAGGAGUUUAUUUUCAUAUUACACAGCUUAGAAAUACUUUUUAAAAAAAAAUUGCUGUUACAUCAUUUCAUAAAACAGGUCUUUCUCAAAAAGACUGGCAGGCCCAAUCACAAUAGCCACACGAAAGGAGUGUUAUUACACAACCUAGCGCUGAGACCUUUCUUCUGUGAAUAUAGAAACAAGUGAAAAACUUACCCACUGCCUUUAAUUUGAUCCAGUAUGGACCUCUCAGUCACCUGAUGAUUUCUUUUUUUAAAAAACAAAAACACAAAGCAGAAUCCUGUUAGAAGUACUCAAGGUAUUUUUUUGGUGUAGGCUUGGGAAAGCAUAUUUUUAUUUUGUAAAUAUAUUUCUUAGAAUGCAUUUUUUGCAGGUGGCAGUCUGCAUUAUAACUAGAGAGCCCAACCACCUGGUUGGGUUUUAUUUUUACCGAUCCAAUUUAUGACAUCAGAUUGGAAGACACAGUUUACAGUGCCUAAGUGCCAAGACAGAGUUCCUGCGUCAGAGCCAUGUUCUGUUUGAAAUAAGGCUCAGACGUGGUGUCCAGUUGUACAGUCCCUCAUUCUUUUGAAAUUCACCAAAGCAAAGAAAGCGUCUGGAUAAUUUUCAUCUAGGAGAGCCAAACAUGGAAGUGAAAUUCAAAUCUGGACAUUGAUUCAGAAGUUAUAUUUGUUUUCAGCAGUAUCAUGUAUCUUUACCAUGGCGUAGUGUAAUUACGUGGUUUCCAAAGUGAUUUUCAAAAAUGACUGUUGACUUUUGAAACCUAUUCUUCUACACAUUUGAAAAAGUACCUUCACUUGCUGUUUUCCUCACUUUAAAGGCUCUUUUUGUUCAUGCCAUGAACAGUUUUAAAAGCUUUCUCAUGCUUUUCAGAAAGGUUUUGUAUGUUUAGUUGCUGCUUUAGCAGAAUAAUUUGUAUUGUAGUAGAAAAUAUUUAGGGAUGAAGAGUUCAGACUUGCCAAAUCUCUUAAAACGUAUUCUUCAAGAUUCCUGGUGGGAAAAGUUAACUGACUGUAACAUUCAGCUCCAGGAUUGUCAAGUCGUGGUCCCAGUUUAAGCUCAUGGAAAACCACAAAACCAUAUGGAAGAAGAAAGUCUCCGUGGUUCUUCAAAUACAAGGCUCUUCUUUAUCAGACUAAGACAGUUCUGUGUGGCCCAGACAACAGCCACUGAAUGUGGCCCACACUCGCUAUGUUUCCAGCUGUUUUUCACUGCUGAAGAAUACGAGUUCAUUUUAAUGGUGCAAGAAAAUCACGAGUCAUCUCUUUAUUUCUUGUGUCGUCAUGGAAGCUUUUACAAUUGAUCAUUCCUCCACCCCGCAGUUUAUUAAUACUAGGUCGGUUUAAACGUUUUGUUUUGCAGCACCCCUCUCCAUAUGCAACUGUGUUUUAGGAAUUUUCCAUAAGAGGUGCUGUAAAAUGGUCUCAGGCUCUUGGUUAAUUUAAUGUAUACAUGGUCUGCAGUGCAAAUUCCCCUCUAGAUAUGGGAAAAUGUAUAAUGUAAUAAUUUAAAAAUAAAAUGGUUUUCUUGAUCGGG